CAAGCAGAGAUAACUUUCAGUCUCGAUCGUGAAGUGAUCAUUGUCUCACACCUUACUACUACACGUUGAUAUCUUUAAAAUAAAAUGUUGAUAUUUUUUGUGACAAUUUGUCUGGUUUUUACCUUUGUAGAGUCCCAAUUCAAGUGUCCCGCCAAAGAUGGACAAUAUGAGGAUCCCCGGCAAUGUGACAAAUAUUACGAAUGUGUGGAUGGUAUUCCUACUAGUAAACUCUGUCCAGAUGGUUUAGUUUUUGAUCCUCUCAUACGAAAAAGAAACAAGUGUGAUCAAGCCUUCAACGUAGAUUGUGAAGAUCGUACUGAGCUCCAGGAGCCUCAGCCAAAAGGCGUUUGUCCAAGAUUAAACGGUUUUUUUCCUCAUGAAGAUCCCGCUGUUUGUAAUAAAUUUUACAACUGUAUUCAAGGAGAACAUACUGAAAUAACCUGCACUGCAGGAUUACACUUCGAUGAGUAUUCUGGAACAUGUGUAUGGCCUGAUUCAGCAGGGAGACAAGGAUGUAACGCUCUGUCAAAUACUUUGAAAGAUGGUUUCAAGUGCCCGACUGAAGGACAAAAAGAUGCUAAUGGAAAUCUGGUUAUUCAUCCCAAAUUUGCACAUCCAACCGAUUGCCAAAGAUUUUAUGUUUGCCUGAAUGGAGUUGAACCUAGGGAUUUGGGAUGUCAAGUUGGCGAAGUUUACAACGAAGAAAGUCAAAGAUGUGAUGCUCCCGAAAACGUCCCCGGCUGUGAAGAUUGGUACAAGGAAGAAUCCACACCAACAGUUGGAAAGACAGGAAAGAAAAAUUAAUCGUAGAUUACAGAAAUUUCUGUAUUAUUAUAACUGUAGUUUUACCCGUAUUUUUUAAAUAAAAUAAACUAAAAAUGGUAAAAAUAAUAAUUUUCACCUA